AUGGCGCCGCAGCUGCUCGCGGCAUCCACUAGGUUGGAUAAUCUGUUGGCUGGGUUCGAGAUUGAGGACAGUGCUGUGUUUGACGCUUAUUGCGGUCUGAAUAUGUUGAGCGAGUACACGACCGACCUUAACGUUGAAGUGAACGGUUGGGUAGAUUAUAUCAGGUCUAUUGUGUCACGCUACCAUGUUCAACCUGUGUCGCCGACGGCUCCCGCUGCCGGAGGUGACCCUCACGUGGCACAAACCCGCGUUUUCCGUCGACUACCCGAAAUUCCGUUACCGCAAUUCGACGGCGAUAUUCAUAAGUGGCCUGCAUUCCGUGAUCAGUUCCUCGCUGUAGUGUCUCAAUUUCCGGACAUACCCGACAUCGAGCGAUUUUACCACUUGCGCAGCUGCAUUCAUGGAAGCGCUGCCGACAUAAUUCGUGGUAUACUGGUUUCGGGAGCCACGUUCGCCGUAGCCUGGGCCGCAUUAGUAUCGCGUUACGACAAGCCGCGCUUAGUCGCGGGAUCUUUCGUCGACCAAUUGUUACAAGUCCCUGUGUCGUCCGUGGAUAGUUUGUCGGACCUGAAUAAAUUUAUGUCGGUAUUCGGUGAAGGUAUUUCAGUCCUUACCGCAUUACAGGUUCUAGACUUAGGCGAUUUCAUUUUAUUUUCACUGGCGUCACGUUGCCUUUCGUCGUCGUGUCGCACAUUGUUCGAGUCGGAGACGACAAGUGACUUUCCCACGGUGGAGGACUUGUUCAAAUUCAUUAAAAACCGUAUUGCUAUUCUCGAGCGCGUACAGGUCGUCGCCGGUAAACAGGCAGUGCUCGCGUCCCGUCCUAAGGACCGACCGUCUGCGCCGUCGAAGUGGUCACGUAAAGUGGAUCGACCAUCGCCGACAUCAUUAGUCUCAGCUGUGCCAGUACCGGCGCAGCCGCCGCGCACAUUGUCGUGUCAAUACUGCAAUAAUUCACACGCGCUCGAUGUGUGCCGUAAAUUUAGUUCACUACCCGCGGAUGAACGCACGAAAUGGGCGCGUGCUCAACGUAUUUGUUUCUCGUGUCUCAGCCCCGAUCACUGGUCACCCGUUUGUAAGGCUCCCGCCAAAUGUGCAGUUUGUUCACGCCGUCAUCAUAGUUUAUUACAUCCGACAACUAAGGACGCUGCGCCGUCAUCGGAUGCGGAAUCAGCUCCCAUCCCGACAUCGCUAUUAUCCGGGCUCGGGUCGCCGUCCGUCGUGCUUUGCACGGCAUUGGUACACAUCCGUGAUCGUUCUGGAAGUUUCCAAGUAGCCCGCGCGUUGAUUGAUUCGGCGUCACAAAUAAACGCGAUCUCACUGCCAUGCGCGAAGCGGCUAGGUCUCCGUUGGUCAACUUGGUCGGCACCAAUUUCGGGUUUGGCCGGCGUGCCGGUAGUCACGGUACAAGGACGAGUCGAUUGCCAUGUUGUGCCGCGCUACGCGUCCGAUCCAGUUUUAGCGUUCGAGUCAUGGGUUCUACCGUCUAUAACCGGUGAUCUCCCGCGGCAUUCGUUGGAAUCGUCUGUACGGGAUAAGUUUUCGCACUUGGCGUUGGCGGACCCGGAUUUCCAUAUCGCCGCGCCGGUUGAUCUAUCAAGCCAAUAG